GAGGCAUCUACUGGAGUCAGUGCCUUUGCAGAUUCACUGGAAGAGUUUGGUGCAGGACAUGAUGAUCCUGUCAGUGUUUCGAUUGGAGGUUGUGGAUUCGCUUUCAGUUGAUUUGAUCCCUCGUGUUAGGUUGAUUACUUAGUUUUGGUGCUAUGAACUAUGAUACAUUCUCUGCCGAUGAAAUUGUGGGCUGUUUGGUUGAUAUAAAAAGCUAUGAUGUAUUCCUAUAGCUUACCAGUUAUAAUGGACUGGUCUAUGCAAGUAGUGGUGGUUUGUGGUUUCUCUUUUCGGGCUUCUCAUCCAUUAAUAUGCUGUUGACACGUGGUUUAUAAGCUAAGUAGACUUUUUUGUCUGGGUUAUACUUGAUAUAGACAGUAGUAGUGGGAAGGAUAUUGGAUAAUCCACUUAGGUAUGUUAGAAAUGUUGGAUGAUGAUUAAGAAGCAUAGCUUUAUAGAGUUUCAUAACUCAAAUGCUCAAAGCUUAAUUGCAGCAAAGGACCAGUAAUAUCUAAAUUUAUAAAUACACUUCGGGAGAUCUCCUCUUAUAAGGAGUUUCUUCGCUCACAGGUGGAGCAUGUAUUACUUGAGAGGCUGACAGACUUUAUGACUGUUGAUAUACAAGAAGCAAAGGAGUCUCGACGUCGUUUCGAUAAAUCUGUCCAUUCUUAUGAUCAGGCACGUGAAAAGUUUGUGUCGCUAAAGAAGAAUACCAGAGGAGACAUUGUUGCUGAGUUGGAAGAGGAUCUGGAGAACUCGAAGUCAGCAUUUGAGAAAAGUCGAUUCAAUCUAGUAAACUCAUUGAUGACCAUUGAAGCGAAAAAGAAGUACGAGUUCUUGGAAUCUAUAAGUGCAAUUAUGGAUUCCCAUUUGAGAUAUUUUAAGCUUGGGUAUGAUCUCUUGAGUCAAUUGGAGCCUUAUAUCCAUCAGGUAUUGACAUAUGCACAACAAUCAAAAGAACAGUCUAAGAUUGAACAAGAUCGAUUUGCAAGACGCAUUCAAGAAUUCAGGACUCAAUCUGAAUUGGACAGCCAACAGGCCUCUGCUAAAGCAGAUCCCUCCGACGUUGAUGGAAACCAUGUUUAUAGAGCCGUCCCGCGUAAAAACGUAGAAGCAAAUCCAGUUUCAACAGCGGACAAGGAAGUAAUUAAGCAGGGGUAUCUAUUAAAGCGAUCAGCUAGUUUGAGAGCUGACUGGAAAAGAAGGUUCUUUGUACUUGACAAUCAUGGAUCCCUAUACUAUUACAGAAACACCGGUAACAAAUCAGCGGGAUCUCAGCAUUACUACAGUGGUUUAGGUGAGCAUAACAGCGGUGUCUUUGGCAGAUUUCGUUCUAGACACAAUCGAUCAGCUUCACAGGGAAGCCUAGAUUGCAAUAUGAUUGAUCUCCGCACAUCACUGAUAAAAUUGGACGCAGAGGACACAGAUCUUCGACUCUGUUUUAGAAUUAUUUCUCCUCAAAAGACUUACACAUUACAGGCUGAAAAUGGAGCUGAUAGGAUGGAGUGGGUCAAUAAGAUCACAGCAGCUAUAGCAACACGUCUGAAUUCCCAUUUUCUGCAACAGUCACCAGGAAGAUACUUGGAUAAAAACUAUACUAGUUCUGGUACUGCUAAUGACGAACUCACCCUGGAUCAAAAACAACAUUAUGAUCAAAGACUGAAUAUGGGGGAUGACGUUUUUACAAUACUUAGAGGAAUCCCUGGAAAUAACAAAUGUGCAGAAUGCAAUGCACCUGACCCCGAUUGGGCAUCAUUGAAUCUUGGAGUUUUGAUGUGCAUUGAAUGUUCUGGUGUUCACAGGAAUCUUGGCGUUCAUAUAUCCAAGGUGAGAUCGCUCACACUGGAUGUGAAAGUAUGGGAACCUACAAUCUUGGACUUAUUUAGGAACUUAGGCAAUGCAUACUGUAAUUCGGUGUGGGAGGAGCUACUUCACCUUGACGGUGACAGUGAAAAGGAAUCAACAGAUACACUUGCAUCGAUUCCGAAACCAUCUGUAGAAAAUUCUUUUACUCUGAAGGAGAAAUACAUUCAGAGAAAGUACCUGGAGAAAGCGAUGGUUGUCAAAGAUGAAAAGGAAGCAAACUCUACUGCCUCAAGUAGAAUAUGGGAAGCGGUUCAAAGCAAGAACAUAAGAGACAUCUACCGACUCAUUGUAACAGCAGAUGCGAAUAUCAUCAAUACCAAGUUCGAUGAUAUUACUGACCUUGAUGCGUAUCACCACCACCACGUUGAUGCACCAGAUGAAGUAAAGAAAAGGCACGAUCCAAAUGCGUGUCAGAGAAUCAAGGAUUCGAACGAAGCAAGAAACUGUCUUCAAGGCUGCUCGUUGUUGCAUGUGGCAUGUCAAAGCGGUGACCCGAUCUUGCUUGAACUGUUGUUGCAGUUCGGGGCUGACAUAAACAUGAGAGAUUAUCACGGAAGAACUCCGUUACACCAUUGCAUCGCAUCAGGGAACAACACAUUUGCAAAGGUUUUACUGAGAAGAGGUGCUCGUCCAUCAAUAGAGGAUGGUGGAGGAUUAAGCGUGUUGGAAAGAGCAAUGGAAAUGGGAGCCAUAACCGAUGAAGAACUAUUCCUUCUAUUAGCAGAAUGUCAGUAAAAUACCAAGUACUUUUGUUCAAACAAGAAAGCUGAUUGAUUGCAAAACAAAGAUUAUGAGACGGAUGCUCUUCGGUCAUGUUACUGUAACUGUUGUAGUAUUUGGUCGUGAGUAGUUCAUUGAUGUUAUAAUUAAGUUACCUUAAUUAAAGAAGCUUCACUAAAUUUAAACUU